CAAAUUGGCUUUUGCGGUGGCUGGGAGAGUUGAGGGUGUCUGUGCUAAUUGCUGCUUUGGGCUUGAAAGAUGCCGGGUGUGGUGGCUGCAAGCCCUCUCCCUUCUGAGACUCAAGAGAAGAAGCCACUGAAGCCCUGCUGCGCCUGCCCCGAGACCAAGAAGGCGCGCGAUGCGUGCAUCAUUGAGAAAGGAGAAGAGCACUGCGGACAACUAAUUGAGGCCCACAAGGAGUGCAUGAGAGCCCUGGGAGUUAAGAUAUGAAAUGGUGAUCUGCUCUGUGAAUAAGUAAUUCUUGAAGAAUGAAGAUGACUGAAUAAUUGGAAGAGUUUUUUGAUGAACGUUGAUAAAUGGAAAAAGAAUUUAUAAUUUAUUUAAAAAAAUAAGAAAAAAAAUAUCCCUGGUGAAAUAAUCUUCAGGUGUGUUUCUUUCUGUGUUCCGCACAUCCUCACA